GUCAUACAAACCGUAGGCUACAGUGACAUAGUUGUGAAAUAUAUGCGUUGCUGUCUUAUGUUAUCAAAUUGUGCUUUUGUUAUCGUAAUCGACCGGGCCGGAAACUCGGUUCCGAUGAAAAAAACUAAGUACCUCGAUUAGACCGUUUCGGCGAAGUCGUGAAGGCGCAACACAUUUGAACUACAAACCUUGACGUAUGUAGUCCUUGGGACAUGAACUGAACGGCAAGGUCAAGGUAAGGUCGUGGGUAAACGUAACGGAACCGAGCCACCAUGAAAACAAAAGGCGUUGCCAUGACUUGAGCACGCCUUCCUGGAGACUGGGAACAUGAGUCACGCCAGGGCUGUCCCCAAGGCGCCGACAUGAAAUGUAUGACGUUCCGGUGGCUUUGCCUGCUCAGCAUAAGCCUCCCGGUCUUGUUUUGGUUCGGACAUGUGCUCACACGGGAGGGUGCCCCACCCGUCGUGCAACAAGUUAAUGGACUCAGAGGAUAUGUGAGGGUCAGCCCGGACUUUGUGGACCAGUUCUUGAACAUGCACUUCAAACAGUGUGCCUUAGUCUCCAGUUCCGGCCAGAUGCUGGGAGCGGGCUCGGGCGCCGACAUCGACAGCGCCCAGUGCGUGAUCCGCAUGAACAACGCGCCCACGCUGGGCUACGAGAAGGACGUGGGCAGCCGGACCAGCGUGCGGGUUGUGUCCCACACCAGCGCCCCCCACCUAGUGAAGAAUGAGCGCUACUACUUUGAAGAGGCGGCCGACACCGCCUACGUGUUCUGGGGUCCCGAGAAGAAAAUGAGGACGGACGGGAGGGGCGGCGUCUUUAACGCUCUCCUGAGGAUAGCCAGGAAGUAUCCCAAUAUCCGACUGUAUGCCAUGACCCAGGAGAGAGUGGAGCACUGUGACCAAGUCUUUCAGAAUGAAACCGGAAAGAACAGGCUGAAGUCGGGAACGUAUCUCAGCACGGGAUUCUUCACGAUGGUCCUGGCCAUGGAGAUGUGCGACAGCAUCUGCGUGUACGGCAUGAUCAACGCCCACCACUGCAAUGGAACCGAUCACAGCGCGGUCCCCUACCAUUACUACGAGCGGGGCAGGAUGGACGAAUGCCGCAUGUACAGAAUCCACGAGCGGACGAGGCGCGGCGGGCACCGCUUCAUCACGGAGAAAGCCAUUUACGCCAAGUGGGCCUCGUGUCACAAGAUGGAGUUUAAACAUCCCUCUUGGAAUAUUUCAAAGCCCGCACCACCUUGAGCCGGUUACACGGACCAAGAUUAGAAGAACUUCAAUACUCAAGUUUGCACUUACUUUUAAAAUAAGUGUGCCUAUUUUUAACUCAUUUUUUUCCACAGUUUAGUGCUGCUUCCCCCCACCCUAUCCCCCUCCCCCCAAAGUGACAUCCCCCUGUGUGGCAGGAAGUAGACUUUCUCUCCUAAACUCCAAUAGCCAUCUAGUUAUUUAUUUACCCUAUUUAAAAAAAAAAAAAAAGUCAUUCUUUGUUGUAAUCUUUGUUUGCAAAAUCAGUGGCGGCUCCCAAAGUCAGUUGUGGUUUCAAACCGGUUUGAAUGGAAAAGCAAAGCAAACAACUGCAACCUAAUCCUGAUGCUGAAACGUGAAGCCCGUGCAGCUUGUUUUGCUUGGCACCCGAGGGACACUCCAUUAGGGGCACUCCAUUAGGGGCACUCCAUUAGGGGCACUCCAUUAGGGGCACUCCAUUAGGGACACUCCAUUAGGGGCACCAAUAGUGGCUUUCAGGGGUGUUGGUCGUGCCACACGACUGCAACCUAUUCUGUUAUUUCUACAAACCAAUGCACGUGUGUCUUACUCUACUUCGUGUGGUGCGCUCGCACUUCUGUCUCCGACAGUUUGGUGACUUUAUUUGCAUGAGAGGGUCGAAAAGUCAAUAAAUCAAAGCAGAAGCGCUGAUGUACAACAUCGCUGAAGCACAGCCACGAAAGUAAACACUGCUGAAGUCAUGCCAGCGAGCGUGAUUGACUGCAUUCAAGCAGGAUUUUUGCAUGCGUACACCUUUGAGCAGGGGUGUCCAAACUUUUACUCCAGCGGGGGCCACACGGUGAAAGAUGAAAGGAUGCACCUUUGACACUUUGAUGUUUUGUCGAGAUAUGCUAGGAAGCUCGAGACAGUUGAAGAAAAAACUGCAUCUCAGCUUUGUCAUUGCAGCGAAAAAGCCGAUUAGUAGCGACUUGCAAGUCCGUCUUUGCUCUUUUUGGUCCCCGUUUUUGCUGUUUUUAAAAAAUGUUUGAAACAUUUUUCCAAAUAAUUUCUUCUUAAAUCAUCUAAAUGUUCUUUUCAUAACAUUCUGACUUUAUUCUCAUAAUAUUUUUACUUUACUCAUAGUAUUCCGACUUUGCAAAAAGAAUGUAUUUUUUCUUUAAUGUUUCAACUUUAUGCUCCCAAAAUAUGAUUUUUUCCUCAUAAUGCUCCAACGUUCUUCUCGCUGUGAGGGCCAGUGACACUAAAAUAGGACAAGUUGGUGUUGCUCCUUGGCACCGGACUAGCGCACAGCAGGCUGUGGCGUCAUCGGAGAAAUCUUUUCAACCACAAAUGUAUUUUAUUUGCACCAAACAGCACGAACGAAGAUGAAAAGAAUGAGACUAUUUGGGUUUCAUUUGGAGAAUGGCGGGUGGUGAUGACAUCAUCACCUGAUUAGGUCAUCGCCGGAAAAUUAUCUUUAAUAACUCAAAAAGUAUGAUAGCACAAACGUUCAUUUUAACUGCACAAAACAGCACUAAUGGAGCACUAAAAAAUGAGGGGGGGCUGGGUGAACUUGAGACAACCUAUAAAAUAUUAUAGUUAGAAGUCAAAAACAAAAGCAGCACAAAUGCUCAUUUUAACUGCACAAAACAGCACUAACAUAGCAGUAAAAAAAUUAGAC